CAUGUCCUGUCGUCUCGUCUGUCAAAAUUAUAACCUCAUUUAAAACCUUAUAAAUAUCAUGCUGUAAAUAAUUGUUUGAAGUAAACUAUUACGAUAAUCGUUAAACAUUAUUUAUAUUUUCACUUUCAUGUUGACUUUAAAACUCAGUAAUGGCACUAAAUAUAGCAAAAAAGUUUUUACGGCGCAGUGAUUUGCUGAAACCAUUUCAUCAAAAUGGUAAACAGCUACUUCAAAGUAAAACGUGUUUAUUUUACGUAACAAGCAUUGACAAGGUUUUCAGUACACACGCUAGAAAACAUUUCGAAAAUCAAUUUCAAUUACAGAAACGAAUUCUAAGCAAUCGCUUUUACUCAGUAAAACCUGCCCAAGUCAGUGACUCUGAAUACUAUAAAGAACACAAUAUUACUGUUGUUGGAGAAGAUGUACCUAGCCCAUACAAAGACAUAGACAAUAGCUAUUUCCCAGAUUACAUAAAAAGUUUUCUGAGUGCGCAAGGUUUUACUAAGCCCACGGUUAUACAGGCUCAAGGUUGGCCAAUUGCCAUCUCCGGUAAGAACUUUGUGGGUAUAGCACAGACUGGCACUGGCAAAACUCUUGCAUAUUUAUUACCUGCAGUUAUUCAGCUUAAAGAAAAACAAGGUAGGAAAGGGCGAGGUCCCAGAGUGCUGAUCCUUGCACCUACAAGGGAGCUAGCAAGACAAAUUGAAGAAGUCACAAAGGAAUUCCAAAGAAUGUUUAAUUUAAGAUGUUUGUGUAUUUAUGGUGGUGUGAGUAGAGUGCCACAAAUGGAGGUACUAAGGAAUGGAGUAGAUAUUCUUAUAGCUACUCCCGGUAGGUUGAACGAUUUCCUUGACAGCAAAGUCACCAACCUUAGCCGUUGUCAAUAUGUAGUCUUGGAUGAGGCAGAUCGUAUGUUGGACAUGGGCUUUGAACCUCAAAUUAGACAGGCCUUGGAGCAUGUGCCACAUGAGAGGCAAAUAUUAAUGUUCUCGGCUACCUGGCCUAAGGAAGUUCAACACUUGGCUCAUGAUUACCUUGGAGAGUUUGUGCAAGUCAAUGUUGGAUCCACGGAACUGUCAGCCAAUCACAAUAUUAAGCAGCACAUUCAUGUGUGUGAACAAGAGGAGAAAAUGGACAGGUUCAAAUCAAUAAUGCAUGAAAUCUCAGGUGAAGGUUUCGAGAAAGUAUUAGUUUUUACAAAUACCAAAAGGUUUGUCGACAAUUUGACAAUGUCUUUGAACAGAAAUGGCUGGCCAGCUGUGGGCAUUCACGGCGACAAGUCACAACAACAGAGAGACAAUAUCAUCUAUAAAUUUAGAAGUGGCAGGUCAAAAGUCCUUGUUGCUACUGAUGUAGCUGCUAGAGGUUUAGAUGUCGAUGGCGUCACUCACGUCAUCAACUACGAUUUUCCGAACACUUCAGAGGAUUACAUACACAGAAUAGGGAGGACUGGUCGGCAAGACAACAAGGGUGUUGCCCACACAAUACUCACCACUGAAGACGCUCGGCAAGCCAGAAGUCUGAUAGCUGUUCUAAAAGAAGCAAACCAGGAAAUCCCAAGUGAAUUAGAGGAAUUGGCUAAAGAUUAUAACAACAUGAAGUCAAUCGAAAGGCAAUCAAAAUAUUCGUCUAAAAAACCAAGACCCACUUGGGCCACCAAGAAAUGGAAUAGUUUCCGUAGUGAUAGAUAUAGCAGAUAUUAAUUUUAGUUAAUAUAUAAUUUUUAGUAAAUUUAGCCGUAUAUGUAUAAUCGUUUGUUAAUAUAACAAUAAAUUUUUAGGAUUUCAAAA